AUGUACUAUUUGGUUCUUUCCAAAGAUUAUCUAUCUAUCUAUCUAUCUAUCUAUCUAUCUAUCUAUCUAUCUAUCUAUCUGAAUCUUUCCAUCUAUCUAUCUAUACAUCUAAUAUCAGGUUCUUUGCAGACAUUAUCUAUCUAUCGAGCUAUCUAUCUGUCCAUCUAUCUAUUUGUCUAUUACGUCUGCUUUCAAUUAAAACUACAUUUACAUCUAUCUAUCUAUCUAUCUAUCUAUCUAUCUAUCUAUCUAUCUCAUUCUGUUCAUUAUCUAUCUAUCUAUCUAUCUAUCUAUCUAUCUAUCUCAUUCUGUUCAUUAUCUAUCUAUCUAUCUAUCUAUCUAUCUAUCUAUCUAUCUGCCUGCCUGCCUAAGAACGAAUGGAAAAAAUUGCAAAAAGAAAUCAGUUAUUUCGCUUUCUUAUUUAUUUUCUUCCUUUCCUUGACAAAAACGUUUUUCUUUUUUUUCACACUUUUUUCUUUCUUUUCUUUCUUUCUUUUUUUUUUUCUUUUCUUAUUUUCUUUCUUUCUUUCUUUCUUUCUUUCUUUCACACGCAUUUUUCUUUCUUUCUUUCUUUGA